AUGGCCACGGAAGAUUUCACCGUGGAUAAACAAGUACCCGUCAACACGGCACUGUCCGAGGGGACUACAAUCGAGCAACAUGCCAAAGAAAAAGAGAGCAAAGGAAAGGGUGGCUUCAUCAAGAGAGCAUGGAAGGCAGUGAAGCGUCCCUUCCGUCGCAGCAGUCAUGAGACCAAAGUGAGAAAAGGAAAGAAGAAGAAGAGAAAAAGAAAAAGAAAGAGAAAGAAAAAGAAAGAAAAAGAAGAGAUAAAGAAAGAGAAAAAGAAAGAGAAAGAAGAGAAAGAGAAAGAAAAAGAAGAGAAAAGGGAAAAGGAAAUAAAGAGAAAAAAAGAAAAGGAAGAGAAAAAGAAAGGAAAAGAAGUGAAAAAGAAGAGAAAAAGGAAGAGAAAAAGAAAGAAGAAGAAGAGAAAAAGAAAAAGAAAGAGAAAGAAAAAGAAGAGAAAAUUAAAAAGAAAGGAAAGAAAAAGAAGAGAAAAAGAAGAGAAAAAGGAAGAGAAAAAGAAAAAGAAAAAGAAAGAGAAAGAAAGAAAAAGAAGAGAAAAAGGAAGAGAAAAGAAAGAGAAAAAAAGAAAAGGAAGAGAAAAAGAAAGGAAAAGAAGUGAAAAAGAAGAGAAAAAGGAGGAGAAAAAGAAAGAAGAAGAGAAAAAGAAAGAGAAAGAAAAAGAAGAGAAAAUUAAAAAGAAAGAGAAAGAAAAAGAAGAGAAAAAGGAAGAGAAAAAGAAAAAGAAAGAGAAAGAAAAAGAAAAAGAAAGAGAAAAAAAGAAGAGAAAAAGGAAGGAAAAGAAGAUGAAGAGAAAAAGGAAGGGAAAGAAGAUGAAGAGAAAAAGAAAGGAAAAGAAGCGAAAAUGAAAGAAAAAGAAGAGAAAAAGGAAGAGAAAAGGAAAGAAGACGAAGAGAAAAAGAAAGAGAAAGAAAAAGAAAGAAAAAGAAGAGAUAAAGAAAGAGAAAAAGAAAGAGAAAGAAGAGAAAGAAAAAGAAGAGAAAAAGGAAAAGAAAAUAAA